AUGUCAGUUUUAAAAAUUUUUAUUGUUUUAUUAUUUGUCGUUGCAUAUGGAAUUUUGUUAAUUAGUUUUGCGUUUGUUCCUGAUAAAAAAAUUCCCCAAGCCGAGAGUCCAGUCACUCAUUUUCCAACAUGGCAUCCUCCCUUCGAUGCACUUUAUGGGGACAGAAUGAGAUCAGUGGGUUUGCUUGGAAUUGUAAUUACAUUGCUUACUUCAAUCGUUACAUACAAAAACGCAUAUUUUACACAUCCAGCCAACAAAAAAGUCCAAACAUAUUUUUGCUCGACCAGCAAUACCGAUGGCGUCAGCAGCAGCGUUCUUACAUCAACACAAUACUUUAAUAAAAACUUUGCGCAUUAUAAUUUGGGCACAUUUUCAUCAAUUAUAGCCUAUUAUAUCAUUGAUCCCUCCAAACUAUUUACAACAUUUGCAGUGAUGCACAACUUUUUUGAACUUACACUAUUAGUUUCAUUUUUGUCAGGUGGACAACUCAGAACCACAAAACAAUUUUUGUGGUUAUUGACAUAUUUUAUGUCAAUAGCUUCGAUUGUUAUUUAUGUUAAAUGGCCUUACGAUGCUUUAUUUUUCAAAUUUCAAGGAUUGAUACUUGAUUAUGCACUUGUGGUACAUUUUGUUAGGACGUACCUGACCACAAAAUAUUAUGUAAAUAAUUAUGAUCAACGACAUUUGGAUGAAGAGGAUGACAUCGAAGGAUUGUCAGCAUCGCCGCCAAAUGUAGGCGCAUUUUACCUAGUCUCUUAUCCUGAACAAUUACUACUUUUAAUAGCUGGCUCGGUUAUACAUCUUAUUGCAAACAUACUUAACGUCGUUUUUCUAUUGGACUUUUUUGCAAACUAUUUUGUUACAGUCUCAUAUUGCAUGACAUUUUCAUUAUAUGCACUUUAUGUUUUUAUGGAUGUAAAUUCAGUGAGUGUUGCUAAUUCUAGAAAAUAUAUUUAUUUGCCAGAAGUAACAAAAUGGUCCAUUUUUGUUAUUGGCGCCUCAUGUACUUUCCUCUCUAUGUUAACAAUGAGAAUUGGAAUAGCAAGAGGAUGA